UAUGUCGGUGGUUGCGUUUUGUACUUCUAUAAGAAAAUAUUAUUCUUAAUUGGAAAGAUACAUAAUCUUACAAUCUAACACAAUAAUUCACUUAAAAAAGGUGGUAUACAUCGUGAUUAUUGGAUAAUAGGAGCAGACAUGUCAAGUGCAGAAUCAUUAGCGGAAGUAACAGAUGUAGUUCAAAUUCUCAGACAAUGGGAAGAAGAACAUUCAUCUCCUAUGUAUGAUCCAGUUCCAACACUACGAAGACUGGCAGAAAUUAUAGAAUUAGAGACAGAAAAUUAUUUAAAGAUGGAUCCUGAUCCAUUUGAUGAAAGACAUCCAUCACGCACAGAUCCAGAGUGUAAUUUUGGACAUAUACUGAAAGUUUUAUUUAGAAAAGAUAAUUUCAUGACUAAGCUUAUAAAUGAUUACUUAAGAGACACAUAUUGGUCUCGCGCGGGUAUUACGGGUCGUGAUGUUAGAAAGCUCAAUAUUGCAGCUUGUCGUCUUAUGCUUGAUAUUCUUCCUGGGUUAGAAACUUCUGCAGUAUUUCAACCAGAUAUGGAAGGACUCAUUCAUCGUUUAUUUUCUUGGGCUGAGAAAAGCGUGGAACCUUUACAAAGUUAUGCAACUGGACUUGUAGCUGCUGCAAUGGAAGUUCAAGAAAUUGCUACAGGCUUUAGGGAGCAAAAUGCAAAAAUGGUACCUCUCAUGUUACAAUGGCUUCAUAAAUUGCAAGAUGAAGCACAGGAAGAGAGACAAUUUGCAGCUAAUAAUAGACCAUUUGCUCAUUUUGGUCAAGAUAGAAAUAGUGGAGGAGAUGGAGAAAAUAAAGGUGUGCCUGGGAAAAGAAAAGUGAGAGAAAAACGAAAAGAAAAUGAAAUUCUUAAAAAUUCCAACCAUAAUAAUUACUUUUCUGAAGAAGAAGAAGAUUGUGCUCAGUCAUCUGAAGAUUCUGCUCCCUUAACUAAAAAAAAGAGAAGUGAUGCAGAAUGUGAAACUCCUGUAAAAAAUAAUAUUAUAUACCCAGAGAUUAUGUCUCCACCUCUGUCUGUGCCAAAAAAUUCUAAUUUAAAUAAUCAAGUAACACCAUCUAAGGCACAAAGCACUCAUAGUAGAUCACUGAAUGCUUCUUCAACACGAUGUAAUUUGCAAAAAAAUUCUUCAUCUUCAGUGCAAAGUUCCACUACACCAUCUACAUUACUGGAAGGGAAUUCUAAUUCUUCAUGGGCAGAGAUGGAAUCAUAUGUCAUCGGAAAUGUACAAAUGCAUCCUCCAACAUUAGGUACAAGACAAAUGUUAAUAUUAAGGUAUCUUACACCAAUGGGUGAAUAUCAAGAAUUCUUAGGUCAUGUAUUUGAACAUAAUGCUUUAGACCUGAUUCUCAAAUAUAUUAAUGUUAGAGAAACGAAGGAUAGUCGUUUAGCCUUUGAAGCUUUGAAAUAUCUAGCUUCUCUUCUUUGUCAUAAAAAAUUUUCUAUUGAAUUUCUUAAUGUUGGAGGUUUACAAAAAUUGUUAGAUGUUCCAAGACCUAGUGUUGCAGCUACUGGGGUCUCUAUUUGUUUAUACUACUUAGCAUAUUGUGAAGAUGCAAUGGAAAGAGUAUGUUUGCUGCCAAAGCAUGUCAUAUCUGAUCUUGUUACCUAUGCAUUAUGGCUUUUAGAAAGAAGUCAUGAUUCUGGAAGGUGUCAUGCUACAAUGUUUUUUGGAUUUUCUUUCCCAUUUAAAGUUAUACUUGAAGAAUUUGAUGCACAGGAUGGACUCAGGAAACUUUUUAAUGUGAUAUCUACAUUACGAAUUUUAAACAUAGAAGAGGAGCCAGCAUUGAAUGACGAUGAAGAAUGUGCUUCUAGACAAGUAGUUAGACAUGUUGCAGUAGCUUUAAAACGAUAUAUGGAAGCUCAUUUACAUUUAAAAACAGAACAGUUACAAAGAGCAGAAAAUGUUAGAACCGAGUGUGACACAUGGCAACCAUCAUUACCACCUUAUAAAGCUGUGAAAUUAAGCAGUGAAGAAGUUCAAGCAAAGGUGGAAAUUCUUCAAGAAUUAAUGUCUGUAAGAGCAGUAUGGCCACCAGUAGAAGAAUUAUAUCGUCUUGGAGGCAUAACACUUCUUCUGCAGAUUAUUGCCUUUGCUAGGGAAUGGAAUUAUAGUGGCAGAGUUCAUACAACUUCGAGUGCAGAAACGGUUCGCUCUUGCUUGGAUGUAAUAGCUAUUUGUUCUGUAGUGCCAAAAGUGAUGCUGUUACUUUGUGAAAGGGUAGACAUGCCUGAUAUGUCAAUGACAAUGGCAAUAAACUUACUCUUAGCUGCAGCAGAAUGUGAAAUUAUUGUGGAUCCUGAUGUGCAGCGAGCCGCUUUAAGAGCUCUGAUCAAUUGUGUUUGUGCUCCAAUAAAUAGGAUUGGUGGCAAUGUAGCAAGGUAUUCAAUAACAGGCUCUGCUAAGAAAAAGGCAAACAAUAACAGUGAAGAAUUGAUACAAAAAAUUUGGGGAAGUGUCAGAUCUAAUAAUGGAAUAAUGGUUUUAUUACAAUUGAUGAUGGUUAAAACUCCAAUCACAGAUGCAGAUAGUAUAAGAGCAUUGGCUUGUCGUGCAUUGGCAGGUUUAGCACGAAGUGAAAAAGUUAGACAAAUAAUUAGCAAACUUCCAAUGUUCACUGAUGGACAAAUUCAAGCACUUAUGAAGGAUCCAAUACUUCAAGAAAAAAGACAGGAACAUGUCAUGUUUCAAAAAUAUGCUUUAGAGCUAAUGGGAAGAGUUUCUGGUGAAGCAAAACCAACUGGAGCAGAAUAUGAAAUUUCUUUGGCUAGUUUACAUAGAGCAAAUGUAGUUGCACAAACAAGAAUACAAUACAAUGAACAACAAUUAAAUCAACUAAUAUAUCAACAUUUAAUGUCAAAAGGCUUGACUGAAACUGCAUCAACACUGCAUAAGGAAGCAAAUUUAGAUUCUUCUGCAAUCAUGAAACCAGUAUAUACAUAUCAACCAUUUACUUACCGCAGUCCAGCAGCUACUGGAACAAGAAAUGGAUUUUCUCCUGGCGCAACGGUAAAUUUGUAUAGCACAAACAGAUGUAAUCAAAGAGAAGUCGCUUCCCGAAGUCGUUUCUCAAAUACCAAUUCAGGUCCAUUACCAUUGUCUUCUGGAAGUAAUAUACGUAUGAAACUUUCUGAUUGUCUCAAUCAAAAUAUUGUUCCAAAUAACACAAACCAACUAAUUAAAUUGCAAAUUAAUCAAAAGAAAAAUCAAGUUGAUAAGCAGCCUCUAGUCAAUCAAAUAAAUUGUCACUCAAUUAAUCAGCCAACAAUAUGUCGAUCACUACAAAAACAGAUUUCAAGAGAUCUUGCAGGUGAUGGAGGACCUGGUGUAGCUACAUCAAAUCCAUCUACGAUUACACUGGAUUCUAUUAUAACUGAAUAUUUAACUAAUCAACAUGCAUUAUGUAAAAAUCCUAUGGUUACUUGUCCACAAUUUAAUCUCUUUGAACCACAUAAGUGUCCAGAUCCCUGUACAAAAAAUUCAAUACCAACAAAUGUAACAGUAAGACUGGCUAGAAGAGCAUUAGGCAUGGACGUUAGAAGAUUGGAUAGGAGACUUAUUUAUAGCCGAUUUUAUCCCGUAAAAAAUUUUCGGCUUAUGGAUAUUGGCACCUUCACCUAUUGUAUCUUUUCACCUUGUCAACAAUAUUUAAUGAUAGGUACUUAUGCGGGAGAUGUAAAAAUGUAUAAUAUACAGACAGGAUUAGAGGAAGCAACAUAUUCUUGUCAUGAAUCUUAUGUUUAUCAUAUGGAAUGUAAUCAACGUGGAAAUUUGUUAUUAACUUCUACUCCAUGGAGAAGUCCUAUGUCUGUACUUUGGAGUAUAGGAACAUUUUUUGAUCUAAAAUUAUCCUUAGAAAAUAUAGAAUACGUUGAAUUUGGAAAACUUCAAGACAGAAUUAUUGGAACUGAAGGCGAUAUAGCAACAAUUUAUGAUAUAGCUACUGGACAAUUAUUAACUAGUUUUGCUCCUACAAUUUCCAAUCGAUAUACUAUGAAUCGUGCUACUUUUAGUAUGAAUGACGAAUUAGUUUUACAUGAUGGAAUUUUGUGGGAUGCAAAUUCAGGAAAACAAAUUCAUAAAUUUGAUAAAUUAAAUCAAACACUUAAUGGAGUUUUUCAUCCUAAUGGUUUAGAAGUAGUGUCAAAUACAGAAGUUUGGGAUUUAAGAACUUUUCAUUUGUUGAAAACAGUGCCAACUCUUGAUCAAAUGGAAGUAAUCUUUUCUCCUGUUAACAAUAUUAUAUAUGCUGUAUCAUUGGAGAAAGAAACUAUAGGUGAAACUAACUUUAUCACUUCAUUUAAAACAUUAGAUGCUUUGGACUAUAGUAACAUUGCUACUUAUGAUGUUAGAAGAGGGGUUUAUGGAUUGGCUUGUAAUAAAUUUGAUACACAAAUAGCAGUAGUCGAAAAGCUUAAUGAAUAUGGUGAUAGUCAUGAAUCCAGUGUUAGAUUAUAUGAUGUUGGUAGAAGGAAAGGUGAUGAAGAAGAUGAUGAUGAAGAAGAUCUUGAUGCAAGUGAUGAUGAUGAAGAAGAUCUUGACGCAAGCGAUGACGAUGGUUCGAAUACUAGUUCUGAUGAUAAUAAUGCAGAUGAUGCGGACAAUCCAGACGCAGCAGCGGAAGAAAAUGGCGACGAAACUGAGCGAAACAAUCGUGAGAAUAAUGAUGAUGACGACGACGAUGAUGAUGAAGAUGAUUCAGGUGAUGGAGACGAUUCAGCUAACGGGGAUGAAUCUGGAGAUGAUAUGAUACAUUAUAGAAGAUCUCCUAAUUCUUCUGAUAUUUUUCUGUCUGAUUUUGAUCUUGAAAGUCUUUCUUCAUCAUCAUGAAAUUUUAUCUUCAACAGU